GUGUUCUUUGGAUUUACUAGGAUUGAUUUUUGUGAUAUUGUUCUUGACUAUUUGAUCAUAGAUGAGUGUUAGUUUAACCCUUUUUGCAUCUAUCAUCUAAUUAUCCCAUAAUCUUUUUAUAGCUUCUGCAUCCUUUUUUUUCCAUAUUCACAGUUAGUGCGUCUAAAAUGCGUUUUUUCUUCUAUAUUGUUAUUCUUGUCGUUCUACUUGGUAUAUUUUUGAGUAUUACUCGAGAAGGCAAUGUAAUUGAUCCUAUACAUUCACCAGUUCUCAAUUCAUAUAACUGGUAUGCAUUGAAGGAGCGCUAUGGUGAUGCUCGAAAUUUGACGCACUUAGAGGUUCGAAGAUUGUAUAAUUCUAUUUUAUGUGAAAUUAAAGAGCAUUUUAACAACUUUACAGGAUAUCACACCGAGCCCAAUAAAGCAGCAGAGGUGUGCUCAGCUCUACGUUCGAAUGCAAAGAUGUAUGCUCGUUCGCGUGAUAAAAUUCUGAUUGCUAAUAUACUUUUGCAAGUGCGUGAUAGCUUUGUUCAUGGCAUUUCUUAUUUACCCUCUUCGUUCUGGAAAGAUUUCCAAGUUUUUUUUACCACGGGUAAUUAUUCGUUCCGAAAAACCAUUUUGACCUUUGCUGAGACAACUUCCUGUUUGCUACCGUAUUUCACAAAUCAAACAUGCCCUUCCUAUCGAUUUAUGAAGGAAGUAUUGAAUAAAGGAGAUAAUAAGAUUCUAUCUAGUUGUACAAAAACAAAUGAUUUUUUUAAUACGUACUAUGGUUCUUUGAAUUGUUAAAGUGAUUUUCAGAUAUUGAA